UUUUUAAAAAGGUCAGAGGCGACGAAUGUUGGAGAAGAUACAGCAAGUUUACCCGUGGCACAAGAUGAGACUUUCUUUCCAUCCCGGGGUCUCACAGCUCACCCUCCUCUCCCUCGCCCUCCUCUGCCCCGUCCCAUGGGCCGUCACAUCGUACCCCCACUCCCCCACCGCCCUCCUGCCCACAGUAGACGGACCUGACCUAGAAACUGCCUUGUUGCAGCUCCAGGCUGCUCUGGAGGACCUGAGGGAUGACGAGAACCUCCAUACUGAAGCCUGGGCUGUGUGGCCCCAAGACCCCCGGCCUGUCCUGCCGCAGCGAAGGGAAGAGGAGGAGGAGAAGGAGGCGCUGCUGAGGGCCCAGAGAGGAGACCUGAUGGCCCGGCCGCUGAUGCCCUUCCCCGGGGGUUACUUGUUGGAGAGCAUGCACUAUCAGGAGGGAGGAGAGGGGGAGGACGGGGGGAAGAGGAACGAAGCUCUGACCUCCAUCGCCGGAGGGCUCCAAGCUGUCAGCCGGGAGAAAGGAGGAUUCGGCUUCCGCUUUGGGAGGAAGAGAUGGACUGACAGGGGAUGGAGGGAUGAAGGGAGGGGGAGCACGGAGGAGGACAAGUGGAACUGAAGAGCGACAGGUUUCAACAAGAAGGAGUAGAGGAGUUUAAUAGAGUAGAGGAGAUAAAGAGGUUGAAUUCAGUAAAAAUAUGAGGGUGGUGAUACACUCAGCAACUGUUUUAGGCAAUAAACAACAGGGUCAAAAACACAUUAAAAUGAAUUAUGGCAACCAAAUGUUGCUAGAAAAGUUGCCCAGUGGAUCACUGCCUUUAAAGAUAAGAAGCAGUACAGGUUGCACUUAAGUUUGAGGAAUAUUUGAAAGAACAGAAAAGCAGAUUUUAGUUAAUGCUCAGAACAACAUGACUUACACAAACAAGACUAAAUGCAAGAAAACAAAUGGAUAAAAUGUAUAUGCUUGAAUAGUGUUAUAUUAAUUGAACGCUGCAAACAAUUUCGAAAGACAGCAGUGAGAGACUUGUUUUUCAGUGCAUGUAUGAAUGUACCGAUAGACGAACGGCAGGCAGCGUGUUCACUCAUCGUCAGCGUCAGAUGUUAACU